AUGGCAGACGCUGGACGGCACGUCGCGGUCUCCGCGACUGUGACGGAUGAAAAGUGUGCAGCUGUGCUGGACGAGAAGCAAAUCGCCAGCUCCGAGAGUCAAAUAAGCCACACAGACGAUGAAGGCAAUGAAAUUACGUGGACUGAGGAGGAAGAGAAGAGGUUGGUUAGGAAGAUCGACACAAUGGUUUUGCCCAUUCUGAUCAUUUGCUUCUUCGCACUUCAGCUUGACCGUGGCAACAUCGGCAAUGCCAUGACUGAUUUCUUCCUGCAGGAAGUUGGCAUCACCCAGUACCAGUUCAACAUUGGCCAGCAGCUACUGUCUGCUGGUAUCGUUCUUCUUGAGGUUCCCAGCAACAUCAUCCUCUAUCGGCUCGGCCCCUCGUUAUGGAUUGGAUUCCAGAUUCUCGCUUGGGGCUCCGUUGCAACAUUCCAGGCCUUCAUCAAGGGCAAGGGACUGGGCCCGUACUUGACCACCCGUCUGCUGCUCGGUUUGUGCGAAUCGGGCUUCAUCCCAGCUGGCCUUUUUACCAUCACCCGCUGGUAUAAGCGGGAGGAAACUAGCAAGCGGUUCGCCUUCUACUUCAUCGGCAACAUGUUUGCUUCUGCCUGCUCUGGCCUUCUUGCCUAUGGCAUCCUUCACAUGAGAGGAAUCUGCGGCCUCAGUGGCUGGCAAUGGCUCUUCAUGCUUGAGGGUCUCUUUACCAUUCUGUGUGGCUUUAUCUUCCUCUUCCUGUUCCCACGCUCUACUGCGAGGCCAGUUUCUCUCGCAGGCGUCCGUUUCUUCAGCGAGCGCGAGUCUCAGAUCCUUACGCAGCGUGUCCUGCGUGACGACCCGUCCAAGUUUCAGCCGCACAAGAAUGUCAGCCUCGCCGAGGUGAAGGCGACAUUCACUAACUGGCGCCUGCUCCCACAUUUCCUCGCAACCGUCCUUGGCAUGGCUCCUGCUCACACUAUGGGCGCGUAUGCUCCCACGCUUAUUGCGUCAUUUGGCUACAACAGGCUCAAGGCCAACGCUAUGGCUUCCGUUAGCGCUUGGGGCUUGUUUGUGCUGAAUAUUGUUUGGGGUUUGCUUGCCGAUAAGUUCCAGCGCAGAGGCUUGCUCAUUUUUCUGGCUGUUGUCAUUUACUGGGGCUUUACGCUCGGCAAUCGCAUUCUUAUUGAGUCAACGAACCGCGACCUGCGUUUCGGUAUCCUUACCGUUUCUCUUAUGUUCCAAGCUCCAUGGCACGCUACAAACGGUUCGUGGAUGGCGCUUAACGCCCGGUCCGCUGGCGAGCGAUCUAUCACCAUGGCCAUUUUCGUGACGGGCGCCAACCUUGCAGGCAUCAUUGGUAGCCAGAUCUUCCAAGCUGAGGACGCUCCCGUGUACCGGACUGGCUGGACCGUCAUUAUGGUCCUGGUUUCGUUGUCUCUGUGCUCUGUCAUUGUUGCCAACCUACAGUACUGGCUCUUGAACAAGUUUCAGAAGAGGCAGGGCAAGGACAGAUACCAUUACUAA